CUCAAACUUGUUCGGUUAUGUCCGACUAUAUUCGAGUGUUAUGUAUUUAACUUUCCAACAGAUAUUUAUUACUACUUUUCGCAUAUCCUAAACGUGUAAAAAGUAACUAGUUAUCAUGUCUAUUAUAACAGUUCUAAGGUACAACAUGAAUUUAAUAUCAUUGCGUUCUCGUUCUCAUAUUUUAAAGAAUAGUUUGCAGUGUUUGUCCUCAUUUGCAAAAUAUGCAGAACAUAAACCCUUGGAGAAAAUUCGAAAUAUUGGUAUAUCAGCACACAUUGAUUCUGGAAAAACCACCUUAACUGAACGUAUACUAUUUUAUACUGGAAGAAUAGCUAAAAUGCAUGAGGUGAGAGGUAAAGACAAUAUUGGAGCAACAAUGGACAGUAUGGAAUUAGAAAGACAGAGGGGAAUUACAAUUCAAUCUGCUGCAACUUAUACUUUAUGGAAAGAUCAUAAUAUUAAUAUUAUCGAUACACCUGGUCAUGUGGAUUUUACAGUGGAAGUAGAACGAGCUUUACGUGUUCUAGAUGGAGCUAUAUUAGUAUUAUGUGCUGUAGGUGGUGUUCAAUCACAAACUAUAACUGUAGAUCGUCAAAUGAGAAGGUAUAAUGUACCUCGUCUAGCAUUUAUUAAUAAAUUGGACAGAUUAGGUGCUAAUCAUAAAAGAACAUUGGAACAAUUAAGAGGAAAACUAAAUCUCAACGCUGCAUUUCUGCAAUUACCUAUUGGUUUAGAAAGCAAAAAUACAGGAAUAGUAGAUUUAAUUCAUCAAAAAGCUUUAUACUUUGAAGGAGACUUUGGAGAAGUUAUAAGAGAAGAUGAAAUUCCAUUAGACAUGAGAACAGAGGCACAAGAUAAAAGACAAGAGUUAAUUGAACACUUGAGCAAUGUUGAUGAAAAACUUGGAGAAAUGUAUUUAAACGAAAUGCAAAUACUUGAAAAAGACAUAACAGAUGCUAUCAGAAGAAGUUGUAUACAAAGAACUUUUGUGCCAGUACUGGUUGGAACUGCUUUAAAAAAUAGAGGUGUUCAACCAUUACUAGAUGCAGUUGUGGACUAUUUACCAAAUCCUGGAGAAGUGGAAAACUAUGCAUUUAAGCAUGAAGAGGAAACUAGUCAAAUUCUAUUGAAUUCAGAAAGGAGUGAUAAGCAUCCUUUUAUUGGAUUAGCAUUUAAAUUGGAAGGUGGUAAAUUUGGUCAAUUAACUUAUUUUCGCUGUUACCAAGGAAUGGUAAACAAAGGAGAUACUUUAUAUAAUACAAGAACAAAAAAAAAAGUUCGAAUUCAAAGAUUAGUAAGACUUCACGCAAAUCAGAUGGAAGAUGUGACCAAAGUUUAUGCAGGUGACAUAUUUGCUUUAUUUGGAGUAGAUUGUGCAUCAGGUGAUACAUUUGUUAAUAAUUCUGAUCUGCAAUUGUCAAUGGAAUCUAUUUAUAUACCUGAGCCUGUGGUAUCUAUGUCUAUUCAAGUAAAAAAUUCAAAAGAUAGAGAGAAUUUUGCAAAAGGCAUCGCACGCUUCACAAAAGAAGAUCCUACUUUAAGGCAUCGCUAUGAUCCAGAGAAUAAGGAAUCUUUGGUUUCUGGAAUGGGCGAGUUACAUCUAGAAAUCUAUUCUCAAAGACUCGAACGUGAAUUUAACUGUCCUGUUAUACUUGGAAAACCAAAAGUUUCGUUUCGUGAAACAUUACGUGCUCCCAUCGAAUUCGAUUAUCUUCAUAAAAAGCAAUCAGGAGGUGCUGGUCAAUACGCUCGAGUAAUUGGUGUAUUAGAGCCACUACCGCCAGAAAAAAAUACCGAACUUUUAUUUUGUGAUGAAACGAUUGGGACAAAUGUUCCAAAACAAUUUAUUCCGGGUGUAGAAAGAGGAUUUAGAACUACAUGUGAAAAGGGAUUUCUCAUAGGUCAUAAAGUAGCGGGUGUUAAGUUUCGGCUAAUAGAUGGUAUGCAUCAUUGCGUGGAUUCUUCCGAACUUGCAUUUUUCCUUGCUGCACAAGGUGCAAUGAAAGAUUUAUAUUUAAACGGAUCAUGGCAAGUUUUAGAACCAGUUAUGUCGGUGGAAAUAACCGUUCCUAUAGAAUAUCAGGGAACGAUUAUGGCACAAAUAAUUAAACGGCAUGGUAUCUUGAUUAAUACGGACAACAAUGAGGGAUGGUCUAUAUUAAAAGCAGAAGUUCCAUUAAAUGAUAUGUUUGGAUAUAUUGGGGAAUUACGAUCUAAUACUCAAGGAAAAGGAGAGUUUACCAUGGAAUAUGCAAGAUACACACCUUGUCUACCAGAGGUGGAAGAACAAUUAAUAAAAGAAUAUCAAAUAGCAAAUGAUUUACAUCUGGAGACACAACGAAAACAAAAUUAGUCACAAAUAGUCUAAUUUCACCACAUUAGGAAUCAUUUUUAAUUGUCUAUAUAAGACAUAUAAAAUACGUUGACGUAUGUAUAACAAAAUGAAUAAAUGUAAGAUAUUAUAGAUAUAAGUCUAGAUAGAUGUUAUGUACAUUUAAUUGAAAUGUAAGGAAUUGUGCUUAAACAAUUUUGAAAAAUUUUAGAAUUAAAAUGAUUUUAUUAGAAAAUAUCAAAAUAUACCUGAACACUUGUUUCA